AUGUUGCAAAUUGCUACCUUGUUGUCUCUCGCUGCUUUUGUUGUCGCUGACCAGACUUUCCAAUUGACUGCUCUGGGAUCUACCGUGAACACCCCAGUCACCUAUAGUGACUCCAGACUUACCUUGAAGAACGGUGACGUUGCUACCUUCACCUUAAUUGAGCCAAUUGGUUACUUGACUGUUGGUGACUUGUAUGCUGCUUCUACUCCACUGAACGGUCUCGAAUUGACCAGCCAGGACUCUGCCUCCAGAUCCUGGGGUAUUGACAGUGGCAAGUUGAGACUUGGCGCCACUGGUUCCGGAAACCUCUUCUACGCUUGUCCUGAUGGAGAUGCUUACUUUCUUCAAGGCUUUGCUUGUGACGGUGGUGAGCAGGUUGACUUGAUUGUCGGUGAUGCUGCUGCGCAGACCACUACCCCAGAGACCUCCCCUGCUGCUGAGACCUCCACUGCUGCUGAGACCUCCACUACCGAGACCUCUUCGACUGCUUCCUCCUCUACUGAAAAGUCUACUUCUGCUGCUGCUUCUUCUUCUGCUGCUGCUUCCUCUUCUGCUGCUGCCUCCUCAUCUGCUGCUGAGAGUACCUCUGCUACUACCAAGACCGAUGUCUCCUCUACUUUGGUUACCAUCACCUCUUGCUCUGAGGGCUGCAGUGCUACUUCUGCACCAACUGUUUCCAGUGCUGGCUCUGGUGCGCAAGUGAAGGUUGCUGCUGGCGCAGCUUUCGCUCUUGGUGCUUUGAUGUUGUAA